GCCCCGGUCAGUUUUCAGUCAGCUGUCAAACACACUACAGGAAUUGCAGCGGGCACAAACACACACGACCAUCAGUUUACACACUAUAUGACUCGUUUUUACUACGUUUCUGGAUAUUUCGCCGAUUUAAAUGCGUCUGGAGCUCAGGAGGAGACCGGUGCAGGAUGAUUCCUGUGGUUCCUGUGGAGUCCUGCACUCACGUCCUGGCAGAGUUUGACUGUCUGGACCCCCUGCUUUCUGCCCUGCGACUGGACUCCGGACGCAUCAAAUGUACAUGUCUGUCAGUGUCCAGAAAGUGGCUGGCUUUGGGCACAUCUGCUGGAGGACUUCACCUCAUCCAAAGAGACGGCUGGAAGCAGAAACUCAUUCUCACACACAAAGAAGGCUCCAUCACGCAGGUCUCCUGCUGCCCUCAUGAUGAGGACUUCAUCGCUGUGGCCACCAGUCAGGGUUUGGUGGUGGUGUGGGAGCUUCAUCUGGAGCGCCGUGGACGUCCGGAACGCGCCUCUGUGUCUUGGGAGCACCGUGGAGUGACCGUAACAUCCCUGUGCUGGGACACCGUGGCCCUCCGGGUGUUUGCUGGAGAUAUGGGUGGGAAGGUGUCCUGCGUCCGGGCUGGGUCAUCUAAACUCGGCAAGGGCUCAGCGUUUGUGAUCUUCCCAGUUCAGACCGUCACCACAGUGGAUUCCCGCGUGGUUCAGCUUGGAUACACUGAUGGACACCUGGUGAUCUCGUCCCUCAGCCGCUGCUACCUGUGUGACACAGAGAGGGAGAAGUUCUGGCGUGUGGGUAAUAAGGAGCGGGACGGAGAGUUCGGGGCAUGUUUCCUCACUCAGGGUCUGGCAGGUCAGCGUGGUCAGCUGGUCGGUUGUCCUGCUCCUCUGCUGUUCUGUGCUCGUCCCGGAUCCCGCAUAUGGGAGGCCAGUUUCAGCGGAGAGGUCCUGAGCACACACCAGUUCAAACAGCUGCUGGCCGUCCCGCCGCUGCCACUUGUCUCUUGCAAGAAUGAGCCACAUUUCAAUCCCACACAGACAAAUCCACAGUCUCUGGCUUUCCCAAGACUCCUUCAGUUUGGUGAUCAAAAUCUGCUCACCUGGACGGAUUCGGCCAUCUACAUCUUCACUCCACACAGUGGUCAGGUUUUGCUCUGGACAGAGGUCAAAGAUGUGUUGGAGAUCUCAGUUUUCCGUAAUGACCUGUUUUGUCUACACGGGGAUGGACAUUUGUCUCACAUGUCGCUGGUGUCGCCGGACCGCUGUGUGGAGCGACUGAUGAAAAGGGAGAACUGGACCAUAGCCGCCACUGUCUGCUGCAUGUUUCAGCAUGCUAUUACUACAUCCAAAGCCAGGAAGUCCCUAUCCAUUGAUCGACUUGAACACCUCAAAGCUCAGCUAAACUCCACCUCCCAGCAGCAGCUGAUUGGUCAGCUGGAGGAAGUGAUCAGCAAACUGGAGCCUCUGGAUUCCGCCUGCAGCAGCCGCAGAAGCAGCAUCUCCUCGCAUGAGAGCUUUAAUGUUCUGGACUGCGGCAUCUACCGCGUGAUCAGCCGAAGAGGCAGCCAAUCAGACGAUGACGCCAGCUCUCUCGCCAACCAAUCAAUGCUCGAGGAGGAGCGGUUGAAGGAGUUCAGCUUCACCGAGGAGGAGCAGGUGGAUAACGACUCUGCGUCUGUGCGUGGAGAGGGCGACCGGUCUGACCUCGGCUUGCAGUUUCUACCAUUGCCUUUCCGCUCAAAACCUCCACGAGUCGCCCUGCAGGCUGUUCGAGACAGUGUUUCCAGCUUCAUGAAAAAGACCACAGAGAAGAUCAACACUCUUCAGAUGAACGCUGACCUUUGGCCUCGGCCUGACCUCCGGGAGGGCGUUCAGGGUGAGGUUGCUUCCACAGCGAGCCCCAUUUCCGAGGAAAGCGAGCAGGAGUUAAACACUGAAGAGUCCAGCUCUGAGUCUGAGCUGCUGGAGCUGAGAGCCGCUACUAAGAAAGCCAUCUCUCAGAUCCAGGACCCGAUGGUUUUACUGGACCCUCUCUGCCUCAGUGAUGUGCUUCAGGAGUGGGCUCCAGUUCUGGAGAGAGCUUUGGGUCCGGAGGAUCAAAUCCUACCUGUAGAAACAACAAAUCCAGAGGAGAAAACCCUGGAGGAGGAAGAGCUCGUCUCAUCAAUGUCUUGCUGCGUCGUGGUCCAACCAGAGAUCUCAACAUCGCCUGCUGCUGACCCAGAUGAAUCCGCAACCCACACUGAAGAAGAGGACUUUAGAGAGAGCACCCCCUGUUCCAUCGCCCCAGUCCGAGCACAGUUCCCUCCUCUUGCAAACCAUGUUGAACUCAUACAGCUGUUUUCCCCCAAACCUCUGCCUCCUGACCUGCAGGCUGACCUCUCGCUGCUGGCCUGUCUGUAUCUGGAGAUGGGAUGUCCCGGGAGAGGAGGGAUGGAAAGCGUGUGUGUGUUCCUGAGGAGGUUCUUCUUCCUGUUGGACCAGGAAAGAGUGAGGAGGAUGUGUAUGCUGAGGUACAGGGAGAACCGUGAGGUGCUGAAGGCCUACAUCGCUGGCAUGCUGGAGUUCACUCAGGCCAGUAAAGUAGUGGAGGUGAUCCAGAAGGGGGAUCUGCUGAAAUCUCUGCGCAGUUUAAGAGAACUGCAGCCCUGGAACGCUCCUCUGCUCCUCUCACACCUCUACAGGCUUUAUGAGAAACAUGGAGAGGUGGCUGUUCGAGCAUACCCGCAGUUCUAUCCCACAAUCCUCCCCUCUGACAUCAUGGCCAUGGCUUUACCCAGCCACUUCCUGCCUUAUUUGGACAAUUUAGUCCAGUCACGGGCUGAACAGCAACGGCUGUCGUUUUUGGGCUCUCUUCUUCAGCCAGAAACUCUGCGUCAGGAUUGGCUGGAACUGGCGCUAUCCCAUGAUGCUCCACAAAGAGAGGAUACACUCACUCAUGAUGGACAGCCCAGGUGGCACUCUCACUUCUUCAGCUGGGGUUAUGGGCGUCUGCUAUCUCUGCUGAUCCGCCUGCCUGCUGAUCUGGCCUCUAAACAGAAGAUGCUGGACAUGUGUAAAGCUCACGGGUAUUGGAUGGGUUACCUGUACCUGUGCAGAGAGCUGCAGCGGCGGGCCGAGGCCUUCAGUGCCAUCUGCAGACUGGACGACAUGACACUACUGGAGGGGGAUGAUGGUAUUGUUCCUCAGUCUCUGGAUGAGUGGGUUUUGCUGCUGCAGCUUUCUCAGCAAAUCAGUGCAAGUGAUGAAUCAUCGUUAACUUCGACAAAAAACAGCAAUGGCUCAUGUUUGGAUGACGCUAACAGUAAUGGUGACUGCUCUUCUGGCCUAUCAAACGGUUCCACAGACUGGAGCAUUCAGGUCAGUCCGGAGAACAUCAUCCUGCGUUUGGUGCGAGUCUUCGGGCCGGACCGAGCCCUGACAGCCCUGCAGGAGCAUGGCAUACCAGUUGAUCACAGUUCACGCUCCACGCUGGUCUGUGAUCUGCUGCGAAUGGCAGAGAAACGGCAAAGAGCUUUGAUUCAGAGCAUGCUGGAGCGCUGUGAUCGGUUUCUGUGGUCUCAGCACGCUUGAGUCUCCUCCGCAUCUGCCUUCAGGACAGUCAUGUUUCAUUCAACCGCAGGUCUGGGAUCAGCUCUUGCGUGCAGCUGGAGAUUACACAGCCGACUGUUUCUAGAUCAGCUGAUUUCAGGUUAUUGGACACGCAUUCCAGUCUUAACACAGAUUCCUAUUCAUAGCUUUUUCACACCAGCACUAUGACUGUAUUGUGUUGUAAAUGAUGCGUGAAUGUCACAUGACGUGGUUUUCUCCUUAUUUAGCUAUUAAACACAGUAUGGUGUUGAAACCGUAUUAACUAUGGGCCUUUUUAAUGAAUAUAAAAAAAAUCCAUUUGUACAUAAAUGCUUUCCCUACAUUUCUUGUGUUCAUUAUUAAGGCCCAGUAUGCUGAAUGCAUUUCUAUACAUAUAUAUUACUUUACAAUGUGAUUUUCAUCUGCAAGUAUUUGAGAACGCUAAUAAGCACAUAAGUUAAAAACUAACUAGAGUGUUCUUUAAAUAGAGAAAAUUAAAAAUAAUUGCAAAUGUAUUAACUAAUGCCAUGCGGUUUGGCUGGUUUAACUGGCUGCUAUUAAUAAAAAGCACAAUAAAUAGCAGUACAUGCUAAUUAAAAAA